AUGUUCUUGCCAUUGGCAUUUGGGGUAUGGGCGGUAUUGGCAAGACAACUCUUGCAGCUGCAGUGUAUAACCGUCUUUGUUACCGAAGAAUCAGAGAAGCAUGGAAUGAUUUAUGUGAAGAAUAAAAUUCUCUCUAUAUUGCUUAAGGAAAAUGAUCUACAUAUCGGUACACCUAAUGGAGUUCCCCCUUAUGUUAAGAGAAGACUCGCACGUAAAAAGGUUCUUCUCGUUCUCGAUGAUAUCAAUGACUUAGAACACCUUGAGAAUUUAGUUGGAGGACUUGAUUGGUUUGGAUCUGGCAGUAGAAUCAUUGUAACAACCAGAGAUAAGCAAGUGCUUGGUAAAAGAGUCAAUUGUAUAUAUGAGGCCAAGGCAUUAGAGUCUGAUGAUGCUAUUAAACUUUUCAUCAUGAAUGUUUAA